AAUUUGUCUUCUGAGGCAUAUCUUACCAGGAUGUUUAGUAUAAACUUCUGGGGAGUUUCAUCGGUGGGUGAUUGCAUAAAACAUCCAAUCCAAACGUGUAAUUGCACAGGCGUUACUCAAAGGGAGGAAACUUCACAGCACAGUUGGUGUAUUUAUUUUUCCCAAAUUUAACUCAGAUGCUUGCUUGUUUGUUUUAUUGCCUUAUAAGGUGAAUUUGUGUCUCGGCUGUUCUUACCGAGACUGUCCAUCCCACAGAUGACGUCCGAUGCUUAGGAGUGUAUGCAAAGCCACUACCAAAGUGGAGAGUGUCAGUCUGUGUCUGUCAUAUGACUGAAUGAGAUAUAUUCAUUCCGGCUUCACUUGGGAGCUAAUCAACACGACAAGCCUGUUAAACCAAAUACGCAGACCCCCACUGAGGGGAUGACGACACGUUCCCGUUUAAACAUCAGCCUGCUGGAUUUUGCUCUGGACAUUGAUCGCUGGAACUUGGAGUGCGAGUUCAACAACACGGACCAUUACACCGAGCUCAACGGCGUGGACCGCCUGGUAGUGAGGAGGGGCCAGCCAUUCACCAUCAGCCUGUAUCUUCGUACUGGAAGCUACCAGCCGGGACUCAGUACUCUGGACUGCGUUGCAGAGACAGGUCCACAGCCUUCCGAGCAGUACGGCACCCGAGCCUCCUUCGGUCUGUCUGCCGACAUCGAUGCGUCCCGCUGGAGUGCGGCCGUCAUCAGCCCCCCCGGAGACACGGUGGCCCUGUCCAUCUGCGCCGCCCCUGAUGCGCCCAUUGGACACUACACCCUGAGCCUGGGGGGGUCAGCACGGAUUGAUUUCAUCUUACUGUUUAACCCCUGGUGCUCAGGAGAUGUGGUAUAUAUGGACAACAAGGAUCAUUUGGAAGAAUAUGUCUUGUCCCAGGAUGGAAUCAUCUUUCGUGGCAAUGCCAAGCAUCCAAUAGCGACCCCAUGGAACUUUGGCCAGUUUGAGACUGGAAUCCUUGACGUGUGUUUGAGAAUUUUGGAUAUGAAUCCCAAAUGUCUGCGUAAUCCCGGCAAAGACUGCUCAGGCAGGAGAAAUCCCAUGUACGUGUCCAGGGUUCUCAGUGCCAUGGUGAAUUGUAACGAUGACAAAGGGAUUCUGCUGGGAAACUGGACGGAUAACUUUGACGGGGGCGUGAGCCCCAUGGUCUGGAAGGGAAGCGUGGAGAUUCUGCGCAACUGGGACACACGAGCUUGUCAGCCUGUUCGCUUUGGACAGUGUUGGGUGUUUGCUGCCGUGGCCUGCUCGAGUAAGAUAGGACAUGGUGGAGGCUGCUAUCCUAUCACAGGGAAACACGCUUUUUCACUCCUGCCAAGUAGCGGAUGGGAGCAGUUGGGCUGUUUUCUAAUACUCCUGUGUUUCCACGAUGUAGUUUCCAGAGCGCUUGGCAUCCCCUGCAGAGUGGUCACCAACUACUACUCGGCUCAUGACGUUAACGGCAACCUGGUCAUCGAACGCUACAUCAACGAAAAUGGAGAACUCAUUCGAUCCAAAGAAAUGAUCUGGAACUAUCACUGCUGGGUGGAGAGCUGGAUGACCCGACCCGACCUUAGCGCUUCUGAUUAUAACGGCUGGCAGGCCAGCGACCCCACCCCACAAGAAAAAAGCGACGGGGUGUACUGCUGCGGGCCCGUCCCCGUCCGGGCCAUCAAGGAGGGCGACCUCAUGUUCAAGUACGACGCCCCUUUUGUCUUUGCUGAAGUCAACGCCGAUGUCAUCACCGUGAUGAAGAAGAAAGACGGCAGCACAUCCGAGGUCACCUCCACUCAAGUGGUGGGAAAGAAGAUCAGCACAAAGAGCGUCGGCAGCGACGACAGAGAAGACAUUACUCAUCUUUACAAGCAUCCCGAAGGCUCUGAUGAGGAGCGGCAGGCUUUUACGAGGGCCGACCACCAAAACAAGCUGCUCCGGCAGAAGGAAGACCGAGGCCUGCACGUGACCAUCAAAGUGUCUGCGGAGAUGAAGAAGGGCUGCGACUUUGACGUGUUUGCCGUGGUGACCAACAACACGCCGAGCCAGAAGAAGUGCCGCCUGCUCUUCGGAUCUUGUGCCGUGUCCUAUAGCGGCUUUCAAGGAGGGAAUUGCGGCUUCAAAGAUUUGCUCAACGUUGAGCUGUCGGCCGGUGGAGAGAGGAAGGUCCCACUCAGACUGAAUUAUUCUAAAUAUGGAGACCUUCUCACCGAGGACAACCUGAUCCGCCUGGCAGCUCUGCUCUUGGACUACUCCACCAGCCAAGCAACUCUGGCCGUGAGAAAUAUUGUGCUGGACAACCCGGAGAUUAAAGUCCGAAUCCUGGGUGAGCCCAAGGAGCAUCGUAGACUGGCUGCUGAGAUCACGCUCAAAAAUCCUCUGCCGGAGCCGUUGGAGAAUUGCUGCUUCAGCAUGGAGGGGGCCAAUCUGACGGGGGGGAGCGUCAUCUCCGAGAGGCUGAGCUGCACGGUGGCACCCGGGGAAGACGCCAAAGUGAAGAUGUACUUCACGCCCACCCACAGCGGCCUCAGGAAGCUGGUGGUGGACUUCGACAGUAGCAAGUUGUGUCACGUCAAGGGAUACAAAAACGUCAUCGUUGGAAAAUAAUCAUUUUACUAUGAAUUAUGAAUUAUGGAGCGUGUGGCCUUGUAGCUCUUCUGUGCAAUUUUUUUUAUUCAUCCAGAGCAGUAAAUGUUAAAAUGUGACCAGCGUAGUAUGAAUUAUUAUUAUUAUUAUUUUUCUGUAUUUCUUGUAUGCCAAAGAAUGUGUGACGGGACCGCCCCCUAUUGGUUAGGACUAAUAACUAGAAAAUUCCCGCAGAAAUUUUCAUGGGCUUGCCACCUGUGCUGUGAACCUCGGGCCCGGUGCGCCAACGGCUACCAUGCUAGCACCUAGCAAGACAGCCUCAAGUACCGAAAAGGUUGAUGCAGUCCCAUAGUGUCCUCACAUCAUGCUAUGUGUUUAUUUGCCUUUAGAAAUGAGUAAAUUAGCUAAAAUGCUAACAUGCUAACAGUCAUCAUGCUAGCACCUAGCAAGAGGGCCUCAAGUUUAGAAAGUGCCAAGGUUGUCCUAUAACCCUCCUACAUCAUGCCAUGUGUGUAUUUGCCUUUAGACAUGAGUAAAUUAGCUUAAAUGCUAACAUGCUAGCAAUUAGCAUUUAGCCACAGGGAGAGUUGAGAAGUUUAUCUCAAAAAUGAGCCGUUAAUCCCGUUUCUACGUGGCCGUAUGGCUGAGCUACAAGGGCUGUGAAAAGUCUGUAAAUUCUCGUUUUCCCUGGAAUGUGUGUUCUAAAAAUAGAACAGGUGUAUCUAAUCUAGUGGCCCAUUUUGGAACGUUUUGGUGAAUAGCGUCGCCAUGGUUACACAAAACGUUCCAAAAAAUAAAUACCGCUGUAGUCCUGAGCGUCAGGAUUCCGGCGGUGUAACAUGUUUGGGGGUCCUUCUUGCGGUUUUGGCCGCAUUACGCGCACAAAAAUGGGAAGAUUAAGAUAUAAUAAUAGCUAAACAUCAC